AGUGUUGAACCGGAGCCGCUGUCCAUAGUACACCGCUCGGAACGCCAUUUCAUUUCAACAUUAGUUGUAUCAUCGAAAUCAGACAAGAAUGAUGAUGGACAUGUCUGACUCGCAGUAUCUGUUCAUCUUGGCUCCGUCGUUGGUGAUCGCUCUCAUGUUUCUGUUCUUUUGGCUGUUCAUGAAAGAGACUUCCUAUGACGAGGUGCUCGCCCGUCAGAAAAGAGACCUCAAGCUACCACUGGCUAAGCCUGACGCGCGGAAGAAAAGCGACAAGAAGAAGACAAAGAAGAAGGAGAGUGGCGGAGGAGGAGGAGGUGGCGGCGGCGGCAAUGGAGGAGGAGGUGGAGGCGGGGAGUCGGAAGAGGACAUGCGGGAGUUCGACGUCUCCGAGGUGACGAGCCCUCCGGCGAACGAGGAAGAGCCAGAGGCCGUUGCGUCGACGACUCCUGCCGCUCCUCCUGUACAGUCUGAACCUCCGACGGGCCUGAGGGAGAGGAAGAAGAAGGAGAAGAAGGCUAAAGCCGCAGCCGCCGCCGCUGCUGCCGCAGCCGCCGCUGUCGUGGCAGCUACCCCUCCUGCCGCUCCCGUUGUUCCAGAAGAACCAGAAAUCAACGGCUCCAAACCUGCCGUCCGCAAAGGAGAACAGCCCUUACCCCUCGCCAAGCAACCCAGUCCGUCACCUCAACAAACCAUCCCGCAAGCCACCACCGAAACUGUCGGGAAAAAGAAAGCGAAGAAACAAAAAAGUGAGACAGAAGACCAUGUGCCGGAGGUGAAGGCAGAACAGGCUCCACCUGCAGUGAAGAAAGAGGCCCCUGUGACGGCAGAGUCCAAACCACAAGACUCCACCACUCAGCCGGCCAUACCUGUGACCGCAGCAGCACCACCACCGACUGCCUCCGGCGGCAGCGGAAAGAGGAAAAACUCCAAAAAGCAGAAGACAGAAGCUGCUGUGGUGGAUGAGUCUCUUGUUCAGGCGUCCGUUGCCCAAACUGACUCUGCUGCUCCCACAAACCACCAGAGCAGCCAAAACGAUGACACUCCCACUCCCACACCUGCACCCACCAAGCACGGCAAGAAACAGAAAAACGAAACCGAUAAAGAGAACUCAGAGGUGAAGCUGAAAGAGUUGUUGGCUGGUUUGAGCGGACUGGUGAUGACUGAGGCUGACGUGAUCAGUGUGGUCUCUCUCCUGCGGGAGAAAAGCCCCGGGGCCCUGGACUCCUGGUACAAGUCUGCGGCUAAAUCGGACCCCUCUGCUCAGCAGCUGCAGGAAAAAGAACGAAUGCUAACCACCCUCCAGGAAGAGGCCUCCAUCGCUAAAGACAAAGUGAAACAGCUCAGCCAGGAGCUCCAAGUGGAGAAACAGAAGACGGGCCGGGCCGAGGCGGUGCUUCGCGAUCAGCGCGUUGCCAUGGAGAAGGAGAUGAGUGUCAUGCAGGCCAAAGCUCAGGGCAGCUACCAGGAGCUUCAGGGCAUGCAAAUCAAGUUCCAGCAGUGUCGGGAGCAGCUGGAGAGUCAGAUCGCUCGGCUACAGCAGGAGAAUGGCAUCCUGAGAGAUGCCGUUAGCACCGCCACCAACCAGAUGGAAACCAAGCAGUCGUCGGAGCUGAAUAAACUACGCUCUGAGUACUCCGGCCUGAUGAAGGAGUUGGCUGACAAUAACACCAAACUUCAGCAGGAGGAACUUCAAAGGAAGAGUCUGGAAGUGAACUACAAGCAAAAUGUGUCCCAGCUAGAGGCUCAGCUUCAGGAUGCUAAACGUCGCUGGGAAGAACUCCAGAACUACCUACAUAGUGUAAACACUGAGAGAGAGAAGUUACAGGCUUCUAAACAAGAGCUCCAGAAUCAGCUGAUGGCAGCGGAGACAGAGAUGAGCAGUAAGAAUAAGGAGAUCCAGGGCCUGCGGAGCAAGCUGACGGACACCCUCCUGUCCAAGGAGCAGGUGGAGCAGAAAGUCAUGCAGCUCCUGGAGGUGUCCCAACACAGCAUGCCUGAUGACUCUCUCCAGGCACAAGUACAGGAUCUCCUGAAUGAAAACAAAACUCUACAAGGUCAGGUCGAGACCCUUCAGUCACAGAUUUCAUCUCAGGCCACAACAGUCUCCCAUAUUGAGGAGCUCCAGAAACUACUGGCCGAGAAGGAGCUUCAGAGGAAGAGUCUGGAAGAUUCUCUAAAUGCUGAGAGGAGCAGUGGAGCCAGCAGGGAGACAAACAUGCAGGCCAUGCACAAUGACAACAUGACACUAAAAGCAGAGCUUCAGAAUCUGCGGGCACAGAUCUCUGAACAGGCUUCCUCAAAGUUAGCUUUGGAGCAGCUCCAGCAGAGUGUGCAGGAAAAAGAUGAGAAACUGAAGACCGUGGAGGCUUUGCUGGAAACGGGACUUAUAGAGAUGGCCAAUAAAGAGGAAGAAUUGAAGGUGGUAAGAGAAGAGAAUGAGACUUUGAAACAGCAAGUGGAGAAAAUGCAGCAACAGACGACAGACAAGACCUUGUCAGAGACGACAGUGGAGGAGCUGCAGAGAACGAUCCAGGAGAAGGAUGAAAAGCUCCAGUCAGUUGAGGAGAACCUACAGUCAGCACUGGAGAAGGAGUCUAGCAGAGAGAAGGCCAUUCAGGCUUUGGAGCAGGAGGUUCAAGCUUUGAAUGCUGAGAUGGCAAACAUGAAGAGUAGAGAUUCAGAAGAACUCAAUUCAGACAACAGUGCAAAGAUCCAGGAGCUUCAGACACAGUUAGCAGCAAAAGACCAGGAGGUGGAAACACUACAGAAGGAGCUUGAGAAGAAGGCGUCAGAGACAUUGGCCAUGGUGCAGCAGCAGCAGCUACAGCAGAGUCAAACACAAGUGGUGAGCCAGGAAUUGCUGACUGCGCUUUCAGACAAGGACAGACAGCUGUCUGAGCUCCAGACCCAGCUCGUCGAACUGAGGGACUCUGUCGAGCUUCAUCGGAAGAAGAAUAAUGAGCUUCGGGAGAAAAACUGGAGCGCUAUGGAGGCGCUGUCAGCCACCGAGACCAUGCUUCAGGGAAAAAUCAGCAAGAUCACCAAGGAGAGCCAGACUGCACUGGAGGCAGCGGAGGCAGAGUGUCGAACAGUCCUGCACCGACUUCUACCACAUGUACCUCUGCCUGCUGACCAGAACCACCAGCAGUGGCUCCACAACUUUGAAAACUCUAUGAGGGAAGUCCCGCCCCCUCUCAACCCUAAGGCAGACACAGAGUCAGGGGAUGUCAAGGCUCUGGAGGAAAAGCUAAAGGAAGCUGAGGAGACCCAGAAAGUUCUUCAGAAAGAUUGUGAGACGUACAAGAAAGUGUUGGCAGAGACGGAGGGCAUUCUCCAGCGGCUACAGAGCAGCGUAGAGCAGGAGGAGUCCCGCUGGAAGGAGAAGUUGGAGCAGUCCCAGAUGGAGCUGAAAGAGAUGACCUUGAAAGUCACAGCACUGGAACAGGAAGUGGAGAGGCUUGGCGUAGACGGAGACGUCGAAAGUUUGAGGAGAGACAAACAGCACCUGGAGUCUGAACUAGAGAGAGCAGAGCGUGAGAGUGCUACCUAUGUGACCGAGGUCAGAGAGCUCAAAGAUCUCUUGACUGAGUUGCAAAGCAAACUCGAUGGCUCAUAUACAGAAGCUGUCAGGCAGAAUGAGGAGCUGAAUUUGUUAAAGACUCAGCUGACUGAGACUCUGUGUAAGCUGGAGACGGAGGAGUGUGAACGACAGAAAGUGGCAGCUGACCUCUACAAGGCUCAGCAGUCUCUGGAGUUGAUCCAGGAGGAGAUCUUAAAGGAGGCGGGUCAGGCAGACCUGAUAGAGAACAGCAGCCUUAGCACACAGAGGGAGGAGAUGGAGCGUAAGGAGAAGAUGACGGCAGGGCUGAACCAAACGGUGCGAGAGCUCCAGCAACUGCUCCAGUCAGUCAACAGACAGCUCACCAAGAGGCAAGAUGGGGGGGACAAAGAGAUGCCUGAGGUGUAGAGAAGAGAUUUUCAGUUCUGCCUGUCUUAUAGCCAACCUCAAACACCGCCUUCAAACUUUGACUCCACCUGCGUCCUACUCCGGCUCCCCAUUCACAAAAUGCCCACUCCCCGAAACACAACUUGUUUACGAAUGCACGCACACACACACACACACACACACACACACACACACUCUCUCUACAGCCUGUUUUGAAGGCCAGAGUCAGUCCUCAACUGGCCCCAGUGAUAAGCUAGGGAUGUGCUGAGGAACAGAAUGUUAUUGACUGAAACCUCAAACCAAUGCACUCCAAGAACCGGUCCAACUCAAUCCUUUCCUCAUGACAGCUCCUCUCCACUCACAUUCCUCACUUCAAGUAGACCUUAAGAAAAAAAAAAAAAAAGAAAAACCAAAAGGCAUCCGUUAUGAGACACAUAUGGCAGUUAGAUCUGUGUUUGAUUAACUUUAUUCCCAUUUUUAAUCAAAACACGGUGAAAACACUUCCAGUUCUCUUUUU